CCACUGUGGCCCAAAUUAUAACAGCAACAAUAAUUAUGUUAACCAUUGAUUGCACCUUUCUUUGUGUCAGUGGCCUGAAGAUAUAGUUGAGACCAACACACAGCCCAGACAUGUAAGAAGACAACCACCUGACUCGGAGAUGAUUAAUAGCUAUUACUUAUAGAAGAUAGAAGAAGAAGAUGACAUUCCGUAGAGUGAACAUCAUCAUCCUGCUCCUUGUUGUUGCUCUAUUUGUACUGGUUUUGCAACAUAAAUUCUUUGGCCUGAGCAGUUUGCUAAGGAGCGAGGUUUCAGAUUCGGGCAUUGUGGGACUUCAUCCUAUAGACUUUGUCACAAGUGCUUCCCGGCAUUUGGUAGAUAGAAACCAAGAGGAAAUUCCUGUGGUGAUUGCUGCAUCUGAAGAUAGGCUUGGGGGCGCCAUUGCAGCCAUAAACAGCAUCCAGCACAACACGCGCUCCAAUGUGGUCUUCUACAUUGUUACGUUCAACAGGACAGCAGACCACCUCAGGUCCUGGCUCAACAGUGGUACCCUGAAAAAUAUCAGGUACAAAAUUGUGAAUUUUGACACUAAACUUUUGGAAGGGAAAAUAAAGGAGGAUCCUGAGCAAGGGGAAUCCAUAAAACCAUUAACUUUUGCCAGAUUCUACUUGCCAAUUCUGGUUCCCCAUGCAAAGAAGGCCAUCUAUAUGGAUGAUGACGUUAUUGUUCAAGGUGAUAUCCUUGCUCUUUACAAGACACCACUAAAACCAGGACAUGCAGCUGCGUUUUCAGAAGAUUGUGAUUCUACCUCUACAAAAGUUGUCAUCCGUGGAGCAGGCAACCAGUACAAUUAUAUUGGAUAUCUGGACUAUAAAAAAGAAAGGAUUCGAAAACUUUCCAUGAAGGCCAGCACCUGUUCCUUUAACCCUGGGGUUUUCGUUGCAAACUUGACAGAAUGGAAAAGACAGAAUAUAACCAACCAGCUGGAAAAAUGGAUGAAACUAAAUGUAGAAGAGGGGUUGUAUAGCAGAACGCUGGCUGGUAGCAUCACUACUCCACCUCUCCUCAUCGUAUUUUAUCAGCAGCAUUCCACCAUUGACCCGAUGUGGAAUGUUCGACACCUUGGUUCCAGCGCUGGGAAACGAUAUUCACCUCAGUUUGUAAAGGCUGCAAAGUUACUCCACUGGAACGGGCACUUUAAGCCAUGGGGAAGAACUGCUUCAUAUACUGAUGUCUGGGAAAAAUGGUAUAUUCCAGACCCAACAGGCAAAUUCAGCCUAAUCCGAAGACAUGUGGAGAUCUCAAAUGUAAAGUAGGGGUUUGUGUCAUAAGCAUUUCUCAGGAAAUACUGGAAGACGUGUGGGAAAGUAUGGUCGUUGGGCUUUAAUCUGCAGCAACCCACCAAAGAAGGGUCCUUCUUAACUGGAUGAAGAUGAACCGUCAGCUUCUCAGAUGGACUCUAAUCAAGUGUUUUGAACACUACUGCUCAGUUAUCUUUGGAUCAAGCCCAUUGAUGUUCAGGGGCCACUUCUGGCUCUGUACUCGAGCCAUCACUCCUGGCAGUGCUGAGCUGAAGACCAUAUGGGUUGGGCCUUACUUUUUAAUAUCUCCAACCCCGUUUUUUAUUGGCUAGACCUGUAAAUAAAGUGAAACCUAUAUUUUAAGGUA